AUGGCGCGCCUGAACGAGGCACCACAAAGUACUGAGACCGUGGAUGCUCUGAAGCGGAGAUUUUUGAGGCAGAACAGAGAGCUAGCUAAAACCAACUCUACCCAAUCCGUGCGCAUCCGCAACCUCGAGAAUGAAGGCUCCCGUCUCCUCGCCGAAAACCUCUCGCUACGUGAACAGGUUAUCAACCUACAGACAGCACUUGAUAAUCAGUCCGACGGCCCUUCGGCGGAGAACAUAUAUGCCGUCAGAGACAAGUUGGAGGCCAAGAUACACGAGCUUGGUACACUGGUGGCCGAGCUGGGCCAGAUACAGAAUCCAGAGCGCCAGAGACGGUGCAAAUCACAGACCGCAGCAACGAGGAGAAGCCCGGAUGAAAGGAAUUGGCGGAGCGGGGCUGGAUUUAGACAAUUCGAAGGCGAUGAUGGGAAGCUGCCCACAAUCACGGAGGACAAACACUAUCCGCGAAAGACUAUGAGUGCGGAUCAGUUACGUGGAAUGCUAGAAGAUCCAGACUCCCAGUCUCCGGACAUUGGACCACCACCAGUUGCUCGCUUCGAUACCGAAGAGCCUAUUCAAUUCGACCCUCGACCAUCGGCAAGCCAUCACAUGGUCGACAAUGGCUCUGACGAUCUUAAUCCCGGCCAGAACGUCAUGCUUGAAACUCGUCGAAAGCGCCGGGAGAGCAAUCCGAAGCUCACUAUCCGUCGCAUGUCCGUAUAUCAAUCAUCUCCAGAGGGAGGCGAAGAGGGAGCAUCGUCUAAUGAGAAGAAUGGGGGCCUCAAAGUUGGAGCUAAGAGGAAACUUAGUGUAAGAGAGGAGGACGAUGCCCAUGAAGUAGCGGAAACAACGCCAGACUCGUUCCAAUACACUCGCAGAGGGACUUCAGGCGUAUCUGACAAGGACACUGAGAUGGACCCCAGCAAUGAUUCUCAUCCACUGAGCGCGCCUGAGAGGAAGAUACUGGGUAGCAAACCUGUGAACACGGACCCUAUUCUCUCACCCAAGAAACCAAAACCGACGCCUUCCGAAAAGCCUGACGCGAAGAAGCCGUCGAAGCCCUCCUCUCGUAGUCAACGACUCCCUAAUAGGCGGCCGAGAUUUGAGCCCGUCGAAGUUGCCCCGAUCCAGACAGAGCCUGUUGAAGAACCCGUCGAAUUUCUCCCACCAAAAACCCCUGCAACGGACAAUAUGUUCUCACCACCAACGAAUCCAUCCACACAGCGUCCAGAGACGAGAGAUACCCCACCACCGGCUGACCUUAAUCCGUCUGGCACUUCAAAUGAUGCCAAUGGCCUGGCUGGACGUGCCGCCCGUCGUGCACGACCUCAAGUCAACUACGCCGAACCCAAUUUGAUUAGUAAGAUGCGGCGGCCGACAAAAGAGCUUGCCGAUGCUGUUGGACCAAAACCAGAAGACCGUCGUUCAAUGAGCGCUGAGCCGGCGACCAGUGACAGGAGUAAGCUGCGGGACGUAGUAGUCAAGCGAGAAAAGGAGGAAGGUUCGGACUCUGCGUGGAAACGUCUACAGAAGCCUAAUGAAGCGGAACGAGACGAGGUUGGGGAGAAAGAUAGCCCUUUGAGUAAGAAGGCAGGGCGGCAGAUGGCUCAGGCCGGACAGCAAGGUGGCAAUGACCUGGUGCCUCCAACUCAAUAUCCUUCGGCAACAGCACACGCGAUUUCGAAGUUAGUCUCCGCGACCGCAAACUCGAGGAGGAAGUCGGUACAAAUCGCGGAGGCAGACAGGGGCCCGGAGCGAAUAGAUAGGUCACAAGAGCAUCCGCAAGAAAAGGAUAUGGCGAAGGAUAAAGACGGCCUUGCCAUCUACGAUUUUACGGACUCAUCCCCUACCGAUGCACCGACGACCGGGCGUUCACGCAUCGACCUCGCAAAGCAAACCAAGACGAGCAGAAGACAUUCGUCGGUGCCCGCAUCCGGGACUUUACCAUCAAUAUUGAAGCAGCCCAGUACGUCAAGGAGCUCUAGCUCAUCCAAUCUUGCUGGCAAAAGUGUGGACGAGAGGAAGAGCAGCAGCACCAUGAAGCGUUCAUCGAACACGACAUCUUCAGGGGUCGCGUCGGGGGAUGAGAGCGCGGGUGUUAGCGGCAGAGAGGGGAGAGCAGCUGGGAGGCGGCGAAGUAUGAUGAUGUGA